AAAUUUCUUAUUCUUGUUUACACUAAGUUCUGGGGACAGGUAAAAUGGGUUGGCGAGUAUCGAAGCGACUGCAUUCUUGAUCAAACAAGCAGAACUCAAUGCCCAUUAGAUAGAUUUGAAAUUACCUAUGACAAACAGCGAUUUUCGCAGAGCGACUUAGUAAUAUUUCACGCGGCUGGCGGGAACAUGCCAAGUGUAGAUCAUCUGAAGUCAUUAUCAAAGAACAGGCCUGCUAAACAGCGCUGGGUUUAUCAAACUAUGGAAGGUCCACUGGUGACUCCCGAUCCAGCGCCGUUAAACGGAUUGUUCAACGCAACUUGGACGUACCGAGGUGACUCCGAGUUUUCAGCUGCCUAUUCAGCUUAUGUACCCCUCUUUCCUGAGGAAGCGGCGGAUAGAAUGAAAACUAUGAUCGACUAUAGUCAAGGAAAAACUAAACUUGUUGCAUGGCUGGUGAGUAACUGUGGAUCUCAACUACGUAUGGCCUUCGUCCGCGAACUGAGGAAGUACAUCAACGUAGAUGUAUACGGAAGCUGCUCCAGCGCAUUUGGCCAGAGACUAUCAUGUUCAAAAGCAGGUGAAAAAGACUGCCUCAAACAUUACAAAUUCUACCUUUCGUUUGAAAAUGCGCUGUGCAAGGAUUACAUCACUGAAAAGUACUGGGAUCAUUUAGGUAAAUAUUUGUUG